UCUCCUCUGCUGGACGAAGUGCGACCAUUUUGCAGGGGGGAGCGGCGAGUGGUGGCGAUUGACGGUGCCAGAGCCGAGUCUGGGGCGCGGGGCGGCGGACUGAAUCGCUGGACCCGGGGCCCGACCCCUCCGCCCGGGAGGGCGAGCAAGAACGCCCCCGUCCCUGCUCGCUUAUUUUGCCUUCUGAGCCGCUAGCGCCCGCCUCAGGGCCUCCCUUGAGUCAGCCGAGAUGUCUAGGCCUGUCAGUAGUGAAUUGAUUGCGAAGCACUGAUGAAGAUAAAUUUGUUUUCACGAAUGAAGGGAUGUCUAGUGUCAUCUCACUCUUCAAGGAGCAGAAUAGAAAAGUGGUAGACUACUCACAGUUUCAGGAAUCCGAUGAUGCAGAUGAGGAAUAUGGCAGAGAUUCAGCUCCACCAGCCAAGAAAAUCCGUUCCUCACCAAGGGAAGCAAAAAAUAAAAGGCGUUCUGGAAAGAAUUCUCAGGAGGACAGUGAGGACUCAGAAAAGGAUAUAAAGACAAAGAGAGACGAUUCACAUUCAGCAGAUGAAGAUUUUGGUAGUGAAGAUGACUUAGGAGCAGAUGAUGGCAAAGCUGAUAGUGACUAUGAGAGUUCACAAAAGAAUAAAAAAGGAAAAAAAGUCAAACCUGAGAAGAACAAAAGAGCAUCUUCCAAAUCCAGGAAAAGAGCUGCAGAGGACAGUGAGGAUGAGAAAGAAGACCACAAAAAUGUGCGUCAGCAGCGACAGGCAGCAUCUAAGGCUGCUUCCAAGCAACGAGAAAUGCUCAUGGAUGAUGUGGGCAGUGAGGAGGAAGAUCAGGAAGAAGAAGAGGCAGCAUUCCAAGAAAAAGAUUCUGGCAGCGAUGAAGAUUUCCUUGUAGAUGAUGAUGAUGAUAGUGACUAUGGCAGUUCAAAAAAGAAGAACAAAAAAGUGGCUAAGAAAUCCAAACCAGAAAGGAAAGAAAAGAAAAUGCCUAAACCAAGGCUAAAGGCUACAGUUACACCUAGUCCAGUGAAGGGUAAAGGGAAGGGAGGCCGAUCCACAGCUUCAAAGACAUCGAAAGAAAAGACACCAUCCCCAAAAGAUGAUGAAGAGGAUGAAGAUGAGGAUGAAUAUGAGCCUGAAAGUCCUCCACGAAAGAAGAAAUCUGCUAGUACUCGUCCAGACAAAUCUGAGGAUGAAGGGUCUGAAGAUGAAGUCCCAUCUGGUGAAGAUUAAACGGUGGUAUGGGAGAGAAACUUUUUUGAGAGAGAGUAAGAAAAAGAGAAUAUACUUAGGGGGUAGAACAUGGAUUUGGUUGUGGCUUGACUCAUGGGCUGUGAAUGCCACCUUUACUUUAGCUGUUUAAAUAGUACAGUUCUUUCUUCUUUUUUUAAAAAAGAACAUUUACACAAUAAUGUUUUGAUGUCGCAGUCUGUUGGCCAUUCUGUUCACCCCAACCAAAUCUGAAAGCCAUUUAGAUUUAAAUUAACAACUUACUAAAGAUAUAUUUUUGAAGGCUUACUGCAGUUGUAAAAGCAAUAAGGUUGAGGCUGACACUUGGAGGAUCAGAGUUAACAAAUAGCAUAGGUUUUCCAAAUUGGGAAACUGUCUAAGGCAACUUGCUUAAUUGAAUCCAAAACAAACAUAUUCUUGCACAUAGAAGUUCUGUUGACAUAAAUUCAUCUGUAGAAUAUGAAUUAUUUUGAAUUGUAUCAAGGGUUUUACGUUCCAAUAUUCUGAAUGUUUGGGGUUCCACAAUUUAUUUCUAAUGGCCAAGGUAAUUUUAAUGACCACUGGGUCUUUUCUGUAUUUCAGUCUUUAGAAAGGCCCUAUCUGUUCAUGCCAUUGAUAGUCCUUCCUUUUCCUGGUUAGGAUAGCAUUCCAGCUGGCCAAAAUACAUUUUUUCCUUCCAACUCUUGCUUUGAAUUUUUCAUAUUUCUAUGCUGCUUUGAAUCUUUGUGUAAAAUGUAUAGUCUGGUUUCAGGGAGACAUUGGAAGCUGAAAUUACUAUUUUAAGUUUGGGGAGGGGGCUGAUGUAGGUUUUUCUUUACAAAUUUAACCAUUUAUACAAUUUCUAUAAUUUUGCAGUCUCUGUUUCAACAAGUGUUACUUUACCUUGAUAAACAUCAAAAUAUGAGUCACUUCUACCAGCAAAGGAUAUAAUUUGCCCUUAUCCAUCAGUCCAUUACUGAUUUUAGUUCCCUUUCUUCCUUCAGAACAAAUGCUGCUUCACUGUCAGGUGUUAUCAUCUGAUUAUCAGAAGCCAUUGUAUCGAGAUUAGGCAAAGAACAGGGUAUGAACUGGAAGACAUAAGGGAUGUAGCAGAUAAUUGGUGCAUUGUGAAAUAGGAUAUCCUGCCAGUGCACAGUAUAUUUGAGAGAGGGGCAUGUCCUUGCAUCAUUAUGGCUAUUGUAAAUAAAAAAAAUAGCUUUAAAUUUCUGCCCUUGAUAAAGAAACUGCAGUAUUUAAUGUAAGUUGGAGUGCCACCUACAUUAUGCUUUAAUCUUGUACUGUUGUAUUAAACACUUUCAGUUGUAAUCUCAUUCAAAUUGAAGUUGAAUAUUACUGUUCUGAAGCCAGAUCAUUUGACAUCUGUAUAUUACACUGAAAGGUUAAUUAGACUAGUGGGUGCAAUUCAUAAGUAUUGGUUUCAAGGACCGGGGUUGCCUGAUUAGUAUUGGAAAGCCAAAGUGAAGGAUGAGUAAGUAAUGACAUUUUUUUUUACACAUGCUUGCCCACAAACAUAGAUAUGCAUUUUUAAGCCUGGGCCUCCCCCCCCCCCAUUAAUAGUAUAUUCAUGUCUAAUUAAUUUCCCUUAUAAAUCUGUUUCUGAUUUAUCAGAGGAAUGCAAAUUCAUCCUGGUUUGAAGUGACAGUUUUGAUCUAGACAAUGGUUCAUGUAUAUUGAACAGUACCUACAACAUGAAAACAACCUGAAUUGUUCUUGGACAGAAGUAAAUCCAUGUUGAAUCACUUUUACCAAUUUAAGGCUGAAUAAUUUUGACACUUCAGGCAUGAAGAUGGUAUUCUCCUUUCAGGGUGUUGAGUCCAAAAUGGUCUUACACCAUUCUAUAAGUGAAAUAUUUGGUGAUAACUUGUUCACCUUCUCCAGAUGUAGAACUGUUGGCAUGGUUUCCUCUAAUCUUUGUAGUCAGCCAGUUGUUUAUUAGUGUCUGAAUAUAUAUCUGCUAAUCCAGAAUUGUUUUGUAGAAUAUCCAUUUUCCUUAGUAUCCUUUGUUCAACAAAUACAACUGUGUAUAAUAGUUAUUGAAGAAGUCAUUAAGACUUUGUUAUUAUCGACUAUUUGAAACAGUUAUAGCCUUUAAUUUUGUGAAAUAAUUCUAUCAGAUAUUAUAUAUGAUGGCAAACAGAUUUCUUUACCUUGAUCCUGUGAAACCCAAACUCUGGCUAAGAACUAUGCUUUUACUGGAGUUUGCUAAUGUCCAUCUUAGAACCAAACAUUUUAGAAGGCCCUGAAAAUACUAAUGUAGUUAAUAACUGCUUGUAAUAGCAGUAAAAUAAUGUCUAUAUUAAAACAUUUUACUCUUUUACAGAAUUCAGUUUUAUACUCUGUCUCUCUGUGCAUAUUGCUUUUGAAUGCAGUAUUUUAGGGAUGCAAUAGCAGUAUCAGUUCAUUACUUUGUUCCAUGAAAUAAGCAUUGCCAGAAAACAAACAGGCAUACUCUAGUGUGCAUUACUCACCCUACAUCAUUUGCUUUUUGGGAACGGGAGGUUAUUUAAUAUCCUAGUAUAAGCAUUUAUUGCAAAUUUGAUGGAAAAUCAAAAGCAAAUGUGUUUAGUGUAUCUUAAGUUUCACAAGUAAUUGGGAGAACAAGAAGAGUAUAAACAAACAUUCAGUGAGGUUUUUAAAGGGUAUUUGAAGCUUACCUUUUGGAUAUGACUAGAUGGUUGUCAUAGUGCUGAAGAGAAAGCCUGGACACCUGGAAAGUGAAUAUCCAAUAUUCUUUUUGUAAUGGCUUUUCUGUUCAGUCCAUUGUGUUAAGACAAAUCAAAGCAGCUUAAGCACAGUGAUUGGUUUUAUUUACAUAAAAUUUAUGUUUUAGACAUUUUGGAAGAUAGGGGAAAUUUUAUAUACUUUCAGGUGGUCUGUAAACCCUUCUCAACUCAUUAGACAUGUCAUAAAGUUGCUGAAUAUACUCCAUAAUAUGUCUGCACCAAGAACCAAAACUGUUAAUUAGAUGGAUUGAAAUACUUUUAAAAUAGAUUUUAAAUGGAUUACCCCCAAGUACAACAAACAGCUAAACUAAGGAGUGGAACUUGGCAAGGGGAAAAGCUGUAACAUGCUGGAAGCUUAUGAGCUGUAGAAAUCGGUGCUUUUGCUUUAUGUAAUUUUUCUGUGGAGUGUUUAUUUUUUUAUAACAAAUCAUAAUGUUGGCACAUGAUUUUAUAAAAUAAAAGGAAAUUGAUUCCCAUGAUUUAGGUAUUUGGGAAGUUAUAUUAGUACUUUGUGAGGGAGAAUGACUUUCCCUCCCACCUCUUCAAGUAGGCACUCUAUGAGGCCUGCAUUCACCCAUUACUGAAACCUGGUAGCUCCUCUCAUCUCCCCCCCCCCCCCCACAUUGAUCCACUGCAUUCAAAGAAACUACUUGUGGAAUUUGGGGCCCAACGCAAACUGGAUAGUGAAUCCCUCUUGUGUUUGUCUGUGAUAGUUUACCACAAGGCAGUUUCUGGGUAUGGACAUACUGGUAAUGUUUUUAAAGACUGAUAAUUAAACUAAACUGACACUUGCCUUGGGUAUUCCUCCUUCUCUUCAUAGUCAUUUCAGUUUUCUGCUUCACCUUUUGUUGAUCUCUAUUCAAGUCUCUAUUAACUCUUAAAGCAGAAGUUUCCCCUUUUCAAGUCAGUUCAAACAUUUGCUGCAUGCUGACUUAAUGUGUUGGCCACUUUGAACGCUUUGGUUGCCCCAUCUGCCCCUGUACAAAACUGUAGACAAUGAAAUGGUUCCAUCAGUUUGAGCAUGCUUGGUGUGACUGCAAGAUUUGUGCAUAUGCUUUGUAUAUCUGGGGAGGGAUUUUUUUAACAAGGGGGGGACAGGGGUUUGGGGCAGAACAGUACACAAACUUGCUUAAGCCACAAUUAAUGAAAACCCCUUCAAGUAUCUUGUGUGAGUGGGAGUGAGUGCGCAUGUGUGUGUGCAUGCGUGGAUGUUCGUCUGACAAUUUAUGUGUGUUAGAAAUUUGUGAAUUUUACUUUUCCUGCAGAAACAAUUAUUACAAAAGUGUAUAUAAGAGAAUUACAUAAUUUGUUUACUAGGAACAAGUCACCAUGUAAAACCCUGAACUAUUCUCAAACAUAAGAGAUAAAAGGACUCUAAGUGGGGCAAACAUCCUUAGCAUCAGCUAGGAGUUGCUGAUAAGGAAUGCAGUGGAUAUUUGUCUUGGGUAUUCACUACCCUGUUGGAUUCUCAGCUUCCCCUGGGAUUUUUCAUGAAUGGCUGUGAAAGACAGAUUGAUGACUUAAGGAAUAUUCUUAAACCCAGGUGCCAAGGUCAACAGUCAUGAUAAUAGCCAGUAGGGUUGUCAUUCCCUUGACAAUGAAAUCUGCAGCAUGGUACUAGGAGUUCAGUUUGAAUGUAACAUUAAUGCUUUAUUUAAAAAUGCAUUUUUUAAAGGGGGGGUUGAAGUGAACAUGACGUUGUUGACCAUGUUCGUGAAUUAUAGAUGCAACAUGCAUUGGUAGAAUUGUGUGAUGGUCUUUUGUGCUACUUAAUUUUACAUAUUCCAGUCUCUGUAUGUACUUGCAAUUUAAAAAAAAUAACAAUCCCUGCUUUGCUUUUUAUUGAAGGGUUCCCAGGACUGCAUAUCUGCUCCUGAGCUCUGUUUUAAGUAUGUGUAUCCUUGGCUUGUAUUUUGUAUUAAAAGAAAACAUGGAAAAGAACCCUUUAUUGUUCAGCAUGUUGGAAUUGUGUCCCCCUCAUUUUUCUUUCUCUCUCUCUCCCUCUCUCUCUCUUCCCCCCCUCUUUUUUGUUUUGAAUAUAUUAAGCAUCUUAUUCUUCUGUAUCUUAUUUUCUUUUGUAAACUUUUUGGUUUUGUUUAAAAAUGGCUUUAUAAAAGGGCUUUUAUAACCCAUA